AUGACAAUGGAAUUUUUCCUCCCCAGGAUGGAAAGUAAGAACCUCUUCCUAAGCCUAUUGCUCUGCUACAGUUUGCUCAGAGCUGCUGAUUCUCAUAUGAUAAUUGAAGAGAAGACAGAAUGCAACCUGUCAAGGAGCAACAAAAUGAAUCUCCAAGAUCUACCCCCCAUCUCCAUAGUAGAUUUAACUAAAAGAUCUUUGAAAGAAGCAGAGAACAAGAAAUCUUCCAAGAAAAAAGCUGAACAGAAGACGUUUCCGAAACCAAGGCCCACACCAGCUGCUGACUGCGUGCCAAACUUCAAAACCUGCAAACCACACUUGAAUUCAUGUUGUAACUACUGUGCUUUGUGCAAAUGCCGAAUUUUUCAGACCAUCUGCCAAUGUCUAAUGUUAAACCCAAAGUGCUAA